CUCAACUUCCGGUUUCUGCGCUGUGCAACUAUUUCAGUUACAUUUUUAAUUAACGAUGCCAAGUACUUGUUGUUGUGUACCUGGAUGUCAUUUAAGAGGAGGACAUGCAUUUCCAAAUGACUUAAAAAGAAGGAAAAGUUGGAUCAACGCCAUGGCCCAUACGCAGAUUGGACGAGAACACGAUGAAAUCGUGGAGUCCAUCUCGAUCAGCUGUUGUUUGCAAGGCACAUUUUACUGAAAAAGACUACGUGCAGGAAACUAUUCAUGGGCGCAAACCCACCAUUCAGAGACUUAAGUCUACUGCCAUUCCCAGCCUAUUUUCCUGGACCAAACAAGAGACUGAAUCGUCCGCAAAAAGAAAAAUCAGGGCAGUUUCCUGUGAAAACAAAAGAACUAAACUUGAUGAAUAUUGUAGUAGAAAUCUAGAGGAAAGUUUUGAUUGUAAAGUUGGUUUUCCUGAAGAAUUCAUUCAUACUGCAGAAAGGAUUUAUGACUGUCCACCACCAACUGCCGAGCUAAUGUUGAGCUUCACAGAUGGAAUUAUGCAAACACCAUCAAUGCCUAUGUUUUCAGCAGAGAAUUUUGAAAUGAAGACAAGUGACACAGCCAUGCAUUUUUAUACCGGUUUAGAGUUGUAUACUAAAUUUUUAUUUGUUUUGACCACACUUGGUCCAGCAGCACAUUGUUUGAGAUACAUAUAUUUUCAAAUUGAUAGGGUGUCAGUUGAAAAUCAGUUUUUUUAUGACUUUGAUGAAAUUGAGGCAUUAUACUACCAACUUUGAACUUUCUAGAUUCUAGAUUGAAUCUAGUGUUAAGAAUAUUGUGUAUACAUGGAUUGUUUUUAUGUCUAAACAGUGGUGUGAGGCUAACACUUGGCCAUCUAGUGGUUUAGUCAGGUAUUUUUCACCAUCCAACUUCAAAUUAAAAGUUCCUACGACUUGGAUUAUUAUUGACAGCACAGAAUAUCCCGUGAUAAAACCUAAAGCUCCUAGAGCUCAGGUAACCUUUUCAUCAUAUAAAAACAGAAACACUGAAAAUACUUGUAUGUUCGACACCUGGUGGUUUAGUCAACUAUGUCUCUAAUGCAUAUGUUGGUUCUACCAGUGACUAUGAAAUAGUUGAAAGAUGUAGAAUAGUUCAAUUAUGUGAUCCAGGUGACAGUGUGAUGGCAGACAAAGGUUUAAAUGUGCAAGAUUUGUUUGCUAACUUUUUUCAAAAAAAGAAACCGAAUUAGUUCCAAAACUCUUAUACGGGAUAGAAAAGUCUCCAAUUAACAUGUGCACAUACACAAUGUAGAGCGAAUUAUUAGACUAGGCAAAACAUACAAAAUUCUAAUAAAUCCUAUGAAUGGAACUGAAACAAAACUUUCAUCUGAAAUAACAUUUAGUUGUACUAUGUUGUGUAAUUUUAGAACUUGUAUUGUGCCAAAGGAUGCAUAAAUAAAAGUGACGCAAUGAA